GGUUCGAAGCACGGAAGCGUAGUCGCUCACCGCUCUAUAACACAACUUAACCAUGGCUGAUGUUGCUCCAAAAGUAAAGAAGGCUGCAAAGCCCAAGAAGCCCUCUAACCAUCCAAAGUACAGUGAGAUGAUCAAAGCGGCUAUUACAAGUCUGAAAGAAAGGGGAGGCUCUUCAAGACAGGCCAUCCUCCGUUAUAUUAUGGCCCAUUAUAAUGUGGGUAAGGACGAGAAAGUUGUGAACACCCACUUGAAGUUGUCUCUGAAAUCCGGGGUUAAGAAAGGAACCUUGAAACAAUCGAAGGGUACCGGAGCGUCUGGUUCAUUCCGUCUUGGUGCCGUCGAAAAAGCAAAGAAGGUGAAGAAAUCCCCAAAGGUCAAGAAGCCAAAGGCAGCCAAGCCGAAGAAGGCGAAAAGCCCAGCGAAGAAAGCCGCCAAAAAGUCCCCAGCAAAGAAAGCCACCAAGAAGUCCCCAGCGAAGAAGGCGGCCAAGAAACCAGCCACAAAGAGACCAGCCACCAAGAAGCCCAAGUCGCCAAAGAAGAAGGCACCCGCCAAAAAGGUAAAGAAGUCACCGAAGAAAGCUGCGAAGAAGUAAAAAAAAGUACUGUCUAACCCAGAAUAUGGUCUCCACUCUGUGAAUGUACAUUGGAUGGCACAAAGUGACUUUUGAGGUUAUACGAUGAGAUAGAUGUUGUGCAUUACCAUCGCCGCAGUCAUCGCAACAUCAAUUAACAUUCAACUAAAGGCAGCAUUCUUUCUUGAACAGUGCGUUUCAAACUCUGCAGAUAGACGUGCGGAUUUCGUUCAAAUCUCCAUGCAUGGACUAGUUGCUGAAUGAAGUGCUCCGUCUAGACGUAGAAGAAUUCCAUCGCCCAUCGCCUGUGUACGUGUUAUUAAAGACAGUUACCGGGCCAACAGAUAAUUUCAGCUGUCGAUGUAUUCAGUCCAGCACUUGCACUGUUUAAAUGGCACAUGUAAAUAUGUAAAGUAUAUAUCACAUAGCGACUGUGUAUUUAUUUAUCAUCUGUCGGUCGUAAACGGACUGCUUGCAGUCAUCUCGCUGGCUGAGAUGUUUUAAAGUGCUCACAAUGAAUCAGUCUUUUGCUGAUUUGAAUGGCGGUAUUUUUGUUAAUGUACAUCCGAAUUUGCUUCAAGUUUGAAGUGUACAUUUUAUUCAGAACCCUUAUUUUCUAGGGUUUUUGUUAAGAGAUUAACUAAAUGCAAUCAAGCACGUCCGGUUUGUUUCGUCGUCUGCUUUCCUAAGCAGAGUUUCAGCAGAUAGGAUUAACGUGUGAAUGGUUCUUCUUAUCUCAGUGUCUAGUUAUAGAGUGCUAUACGUAUGUUUCUCAAUCGAUGUGGUUUUUGACUUGAAAUUUCAGUUGAAUAAGAUCGUAUUUGUCACUAAUACGUCUCAUUCUCAAUCUGACAUUUAGGUAAAAUUUUAAUGAAAUGUUUCGUACAGUGGUCAUCUUGAACGAUCAUUUAAUCCAACGGACUUCGGUCAGUCUAUUAAAACUUGAAG